CCGCCCACCCCAAUAUCAACAACAGCACUUCUUUCCUUUGCCGUUGCGCCCUUUUUGACUAGUUCACUCAGCCCUUUCCCUGCCUAUGGUUUCUGGCGGGCUAUUGCCGUCCCUCCAAAACUGAAAUACCAUGUACGCCUGUCUCCGCCGUUUUACUGCCUUUGAUCUACAAUAUCUCGUCUCUUCAUCAUGUGCCCCGGCUCUGGCAGGACACACCGUGGUUGGAGGAUGCUCUAUCUACAAGGACACGGCAUUCAUUUUCUACUGCGACGGCAAGGAAACGGUGCAAAACUUUGACACCGCACCGACUACCUACGUGUCUCCCCAUACGGCGUCCUUUUUUGCUUUCAUUGUCCAUCACCUUGGGCAGCCCAGGAUGAAGCGGUUGGUUGGAUGGCAGUGCAUUGAGCAGGUGCAUCCACAGUCAGAUGCCGACCGUCGUCCAUCUAGCUGGUCCGAGGCACGGCGCGCACCACCCCGUACCUCAAGUGUACAGUUCAAACCACAUGUCUACCCUACCCAGUACUUCCCGGUACAGGGGCAACACGCUGAAGUCCGUGAGAAAGCCAAGGUACUUCUCAAGUUCCCUUCUUCGACGCCGGGGUGGAGCCGCAAGGAACACUGGCAGACAACCAAACGGACGUCCCCUGACGAUGAAGAUGGGCUGGCUCGGAGCUUUGAUCUUGCUUUCCCCCUCUCCAAGUCUGGAUCGUCUUCUUCAGGGCGGGAACCUGGAAGCGCGCAAGUACUCGAGCACGAAAAUUUGGUAGCAUCUUCCCACAGUCGCUGUCAACGUAACUCUGGUCAUUCCCGCGCAACGAAGACUGUGGCCCACCUCGGCAGGCAUGAUGACUAAUGAAGUCAAGAGCGAGCUGGGCAAUUACAGCCUGGCUUGUAGUUUACGAACUCAGCCCAAGGACAAACGAGCUAGGUUUCGCACGUAUCGUUCAUCGAUUACGCUCGAUUGCUCUCCCUAGCAAUAUAGACGAAAGGAGGCCCUACUUGCUGCCGCACGCUGUCUAUCUCACCCUGAACUGCCUUGUUCAGUUACCAAUAAUGACAACUGUCCAUCCACGGAUGGAAUUAGCGCUAGCCAAUAAACCAUGGCGGACAACUUUCAUUUCAUUGCCAUGCACAAGCGUCAACUUACUACUCGAAGAAUGGCAACAACGACAAGGGGAAAGGCGAGUGGUGAACCGAGAUAUGUUGUAAUAUUUAAGACUUGACUUUAAGUACAUCCCCUUCGUGAUAGCGAUAGCCACGAUCGAGCUGCCUCGCCGUUGGACAAAUCCCGCAGUGGCGGCCAAGAUUUGGCUUCAGCAGAGACGGGGAACGUCAGAAGAG